UCAGUUACUGAGAAAUAAUCAACCCAGUAGUGAUCUUCGCAAUGAAGCUAUAUUACGUGCUUGUUCCACUGUUUACCUUGUUCGUCUUAGCUACCGGCGAUGGUGAAGUAUUCAACGAUCAAAACUGUGGUCCAAAUUUUUUCGGCGACAGCAUCCGUAGACCGUCGAUCGGACGCCUGAUGGAGUUUCCUUGGCUAGCGCGGCUCGGUUACAGAAGAAACGGUCUCAUCGAGUUUCACUUUCAAGGAACAUUAAUUCAUCAAUAUUAUGUGAUAACAACGGUGUUCGCUGCCGGUUACUAUCAAAAUUCGCUAGAGAUGGUGCGCCUCGGAGAGUAUCACAGAUCAACGGAUGAAGAUUGUCAGGAGAUUGAGGAUGAGGAACGCUGUGCUCCCGCACCACAGGACAUUCCGAUCGAGCAUAUCAUUAGACAUCCGAAUUACAACAAACCAAGACUGGCAAAUGAUCUGGCAUUGAUCAAACUGCGCCAACCGGUGAAUGUGACUUCGGAAUUUGUCCGACCCAUCUGCAUCCCAUUGGGGGAAAGCUUUCCACUAUCGGAAAACGCUCCGCUUUUUAUUAGCGCCUGGUGUGGUAGUCAGAAAGCUGGUAUCUCGGAUGUUCCCCUACAAUAUCGUAUGCAAAUGAUGAACCCAUCGUCCUGUGCCGAGAAAUUGUCAUCCCAUUUGGAUAUUGACCUACACGUGUCACAGUUCUGUGCCGUACUGGAUUUGGAUCGAAAAACGACGGAAAAAGUUAAGGAUAUCAGCCUGCGGGGAAGUACUGGAGCUCCCCUGCAAAUGCUGGGACCAGACGGUCGCUUCUAUCAGGUUGGAAUAACCUCGGUUGGAGUGAGGAAUGCUGCCCUGGACACCCCGUACGUGUUCGUCAGUCUGCUGCAUCUGGCCGGUUGGCUCGAGCAAACGGUGACGAAUGAAGAGCACAACCGGUUGAACGUACGGCUGGUGUCCUGAGUGUGGUGGCUUGGCCACGAUCAAGAAAACAUGUUGGGAAAAAACGUACCUCUAUAGUGACGUAACGCGAGGCAGACGGACAGAGAGAAGGGUAUGGAGAAGAACUGGUUUCGGAAGACAAAAUAACAACACAGAAACACUCGCUACCGGGCAGUAAUGACGUCAACAAAACAGUCGAAGGCGGCGAGGCAAAGUGGAGUAGAUCGAUAUUGUUGUAAUUUUCGUCAUUGGAACGAUUGAGUGUUAAUUGGAUUUGCCUUAUUAAAGUUGGGAUGAGACGAAUUUUGUUCAAAAUGUUAUUGUAAUGAAUUUAAAAAAUAUUAAAGAAAUUUUAACAAUAUUGCAAA